AUGUUAGAUAUGGGAACGCAAACACUUGUGAAUAUUGCUUCUGCUGCAAGUGGUCUUGUGAUUAUAUCUUCAUUGGUCAUUGUUGGCGUGCUCUUUCAAAGUAUCAACAGCUUUUAUUAUGAAGUUCUGGACGAUAUGAACGAGUUUAAAACGUUAGCUAACGAUGCGUGGGAUGAAAUAAUGAGUGUCCAGAUAGCUCAUAGACCUGUCAUAACCGAAAAAGAUUCAUUCACUACUUUGAUUGGGUUGAAGUCACGUCAGAAACGUUCUUCAAUAUGCGCUUGCGCACUCAAAGCAGUGAACUGCCCAGCAGGACCGCCGGGAUUACCUGGAGAACCUGGAGAAGCAGGAGAACCAGGUGAACGUGGCCUUGAUGGGAAGCGAGGUUUAGAUGGUAUUUCUGUAUCAACUGGUGUUGAUACCCGAGGAGGUUGCAUCAUAUGCCCAUCAGGACCUCCUGGAGAACCAGGUUCAGUGGGUCCGAUGGGAGAGCCAGGGCCGCCUGGAAAACCAGGGCAAAAUGGUGAUCCUAGCAGUGCUGGAUUACCAGGGCAACCAGGACCUCCUGGAGACAUGGGUUUGCCUGGACCACCUGGAAGAGCUGGAGAACCAGGAACACCUGCAAUAAUGGGACGUGGCCAACCAGGAGCGAAAGGAUUACCAGGAUCUAUCGGUGCACCUGGAGAUGCUGGUGCACCUGGUGUGCCUGGCAGCAUUGGUCCAAUAGGUCCACCAGGACCCGAAGGGCCUGAGGGAGAGCCCGGAAUUCCUGGAACACCUGGAGUAUCAGGACUGCCUGGACAACCGGGAUUACCUGGCACUGAUGCCGCGUACUGCCCUUGCCCUCCCAGAUCUUCCAAAGCGCUGGGAGUGAAUGCAGACCCAACAUCGUAUCAGCAGCAAUUGGGCGAUAUGUCACAAAUUGAAUCUAUCUAUAAUCGAAGACGUCAUCGAACUAAAAAAUCCAAAAAAUCAGUUGAAAAAGCUCAACAGAAUAGAAUAAAUUUAACAAAAUAA